AUGGCUGCAUUAUUGGAAUAUGUGAAACAGUUUCUAUUGCAGCGGGCUUUUAUGUAUGGAUUAAUAUUGUUGGCUAGCUUUUUCGUUAUUUCACCUUUAGGAUCUUUACAGACCACCUUCAAUGAACGUUGUAUACUAUAUGCAGACUUUAAGUACACAACUGUAAACAAAACACAUUAUUUUGCUGUAAAUUUUGGUGAAAGUUCAGUAUGUGAUUAUGAUUUAGCUGUUAGUGUUAUAUUCUGUAUGUGUUAUCCGGUUAUUGGUAUAGCAACUUAUAUUUUCCUAUAUUUUAGAGAAAAAGCAGACAAAAAAGUAGAUUUAUCCCACUUAUUGUUUAUGGGUAACUGUAUAGUAGAUAUUAUUAUAACAGUAUUGGUAUUAGUUGUAGCUUGUACCAUUAGUACUGGUUUUACUCAUCUCUGUAACCAGAUUAUGUCAGGAACCGAACAGGGUAUUCGAUUAACAGGUUGCUCUGAUGCUCAGAAAUUUGAAUCUUGGAGAAUGUACCAUGAUUCAACGUAUACUGUAUAUGACGGCACCAAAUUCCACGUAGACUUAUCAAUAGCAACAGCUGGAAGCUGGUUUGCGUUUAUUUUCUGGUUUUUACAAGCUUUGUUUGGAACUUGGAAAUUGUGGAGAUUAAACAUGCUACCAACAUGUCCAGAUAAAUUCAAAAUAUUGUGUUGUAAAGACUCGUGA